GCUACUGGCUAGCUUGCUAAGCAAGGGGUCUCCAUCAGCAGGAGGCGGAGAGGACUGCAGGCAAGCAGAGAGAGAGGCAGUCAAAUCAGGAGACUGAACCUUCCCUUGAGAGUCGGGGAGCUCUUCCACACAGGAAACCGUUUUUAGAAAGGCUGUACAAUGUCCGACUUUGACAGCAACCCGUUCGCAGACCCGGACUUCAGCAAUCCAUUUCAGGAUCCUUCAGUGACGCAGGUGACCCGGUCUGCCCCUCCUGGUGGUCUGGAGGAGUAUAACCCCUUCACAGACGCCAGAACGGCGGCCCCUGGGAAUGCCCCCAAAGCUACUCCUGCCCCUGUCCAGCAGAACACACAGCCUGCCAUCAUGAAGCCCACAGAAGAGCCGCCGGCUUACUCACAGCUACAGGCUCAGCGGCGUAAUGAGGACCAAGCACGUGCUCAGGCUGAGUUGUUGAGAAGGCAGGAGGAGUUGGAGAAGAAAGCAGCAGAGCUUGAUCGUCGGGAGAGAGAGUUACAGUCCCACGGAGCUGCGGGAGGGCGUAAGAACAACUGGCCUCCCCUGCCAGAGAAGUUCCCCGUUGGCCCAUGUUUCUACCAUGACAUCGCAGUGGACAUUCCUGUAGAGUUCCAAAAGACCGUCAAGAUCAUGUACAACCUUUGGAUGUUUCACGCAGGCACGCUCUUUGUGAACAUGUUCGGCUGCCUGGCCUGGUUCUGUGUGGACGCAUCUCGCGGUGUAGAUUUUGGCCUGGCCAUGCUAUGGUUCUUGCUGUUCACUCCCUGUUCAUUCGUCUGCUGGUACAGACCGCUUUAUGGGGCUUUCAGGAGUGACAGUUCAUUCCGCUUCUUUGUCUUCUUCUUCGUCUAUAUCUGUCAGUUUGGAGUUCACGUUCUACAAACUAUUGGCAUCACUGGCUGGGGAACAUGCGGUUGGAUCGCAGCUUUAACUGGUCUGAACACCAGCAUCCCAGUGGGCAUCAUCAUGUUGCUGAUUGCAGCCCUGUUCACUGCACUGUCUGUGGGCUCGCUCAUCAUGUUUAAAAAGGUGCAUGCACUGUAUCGUACCACUGGUGCUAGUUUCGAGAAGGCUCAGCAGGAGUUUGCAACUGGGGUCAUGUCAAACAAGACCGUUCAGACUGCAGCCGCCAACGCCGCAGCAAAUGCUGCAACCAAUGCUGCUCGUGGGGCCUUCAAACCUCAGCCAUAAACUGAACAUACCCACACGUACAUGCACACACGCGCACACAUACAAGCAUACACACAUUCACACACAAGAAUUGAAGAUGCACCACUCUGGCUCCACAGGCUCUCAGAUCAAAUUGAUUCUAUUUAUGAAUGUUGUUAUGCUAAGAUUGCCCUGCACACUCGCUUGCACACACACUUGCACCUGCUUAAAAAGUGCAAAGAGUCGGAGACCAGAGAUAACAUAGAAGUUAGUCAGAUAAAGUGACCAGAGUUGUUCACCUUCACUUGAAAUCAAAUUUCAGAAACAAAAAAACUCUCCUACAUUCUUUCUGUCUGCUUCUCAGUCAGAUGACUGCUCACAUCCCUUGAAACAUCCACUAAGUGACUCGAGGUGUGCUCUGAGUGUGUGGGAUUUCAUCUCACGCUUUCUCACUCGCUCCUUCCGCUUUCCCUGUUCUUCUGUCACCUCGAGGUUAUCCUAGGUCAGGCAGAGGUUCGCAGUUCUAGCAUACCUUAUUUUUGUCAUGGUGAUGACCUCCAAACAGCUUCCUGCCUGGUUAAUACAGUACACAGUUAUGAAAAGUGAUAAUCUGAUCAUGGUGUUUUUGCACAUAGCUCUGUUGUCUCGGUCACAUACGGAAAGUACAGUGUAUGUUUGACUGCCUGGGCCUACGUGUGAAUGUGUACUUUACUUUAAGAGAACUUUGGCUCUCACUUUUUUUUUAAGAAUUCAGUCAUUGACAUCCGAAAGGUAAAUUGUACCUUGUCCUACAUCUGUGCUUCUAUUCUGAGACAAAUAUCAUCCAAGUAGAAAUAUGUCGGUAUGUUCUUAUUUAAGGACCCGCCUACAGCACCCAGCAGUGCUCCAGUGAAACCUGUCAGUUGAACAGUUAUUCCCAGUUUGUGUGCUACUUUGAUUGGCAAUGUGGGCUGGAUCAGCAUCUCCGUGGCUUCCUAAGAUUUGACAGCAUGAUAACGACAUGCAUGUUCAGCACAGUAACGGUAGCGGUUUCUUUGGCAGAGUCAUACUGUCUGCUUUUCUCUGGCUACAGCUGGUGGCUGGUUUUGAGGGGAGGAUGUUCGCCUACUUAUUUUCCCUCGGUUGGGUUUCUGUGAGACGUGAGCUGUAAAGUUAUUGCAUGUCCCAGCGGCUGUGAACUGAUUGACGAUGUUUGGAUCUAAUUGUGAAAAUGCACUAAACACCCAGGUCAGUAGGGUCACCAGUUCUCACAACAGACCUUGAAGAGUUAAGUUAUGUGCUUUCAUAGCCUCGGCCCAGUUGUUGAAGAAUUUAAUCUGGGUCAGAAUGAUGCAGAUUUGGAAAUUGGAAAUACUUUGUGCCAUUUUUUCAAAGCAACAUUGGAUUGGAUCACCCUGAUCCAGAUACAGACUUUUCAAGAUCACUAAGAAACACUAAAAGAGGCUACAUAUCACAGUGUAGGCAGCCUGCAAUUACCACUUAUCCCCAUAAGUGUCGCCAAAGAGAAUAAACAGAUAUGUGAGAUUGUAACUUGAAGCCUAGGGGUGUUAUCCCCAUAAAAAAAUCCCCCAAAUAGCUGUCAGUAUCAGUAAGAAAGUAAGUAUUUAGUUGAUAGCCUAAUAAAGUGCAAAAUAUAAAUACAGUCAUAAAUAUUUGACCAUUUUAAAAGUUUAAUUACAUUUUGUUGCUGAAAUCCACCCAUCUUCUGGGACCAGGAUGAUCCUGAUUUUGAACAACACGUACUGAAGGUUAGGUUUGAUCCAGAUCAAAACUGAAAAAGAAAAAGACUGGAUUAUGUGAUAUAAUCUGAUUUCAGAAUCUUUUUUGAAUGACCCGUUUUGCAGAUUUGAUCCAAUCCGAUUCCCCAAAUCUGAUCAGAUUCUUUCUGAACAACUGGGCCCAGGUUCACUAAAGACAAGGUACAACAUAAGAAACUUCCUAAUUUCCCCUCAUGUAUAUGUGACAUUAACAGACUACUAUGUGGCUCCAUCUCAGUUGUUUUUUGUAGCCCUUCACUUGGUUAAAAACUAACGCUGCUAUGAAUUGGAGCGCCACUUGGUGGUGGACUCCUGCUGUCAUGUUUCCUAUUGAAAAGGACACACACUAUUCAUUCAUUCAUUCAUUCAUUCAUUCAUUCAUUCAAUCAUUCAUUCAUAGGAAGAACUGAGAGAAGUGAGCGGCCUUUUCUCACAGACGAUGACCUGGACAGUGGUGAAAAAUUUGAUUUUUCUAGAGAUUAACCUGCAUACAUGAAAUAGUAAAAACACUGACACUGUGUAUAUGUACACAACAUAGACUAACAGCCCGUUUGCAUUUUUACAGACUUUUUUUUUUCUUCUGUUAAUGUUACUGGCAUCUGAAGUUUCAUAGCCAAAUGAACAUUAAGAUAACAGAGGAUAGGACUUAAUGCACAUUCAGUGAUAUCACUAAGAUACAUUAAUUUAUAUACAAUAAUAACAGUGUUAUUCAGAACUAAGUUGUACAGACUACUGUCGCUGAAGUGAAAUAUGGAGGUGGGUUACAUUUGUGUCGUGCUUUAGCACCUCUCAUAGUGGUGGUGAGUGUGUGACGGCGUGCAUAAUCGAUGACUGAUGACUGGUACUGCUUUUAUCACAAAUGUACGGACUGAGCAUUAUCGUGGAUGAAAUACUCCUGCAAGUGUUACCAAGUUGAAGGUCAGUAGUUUGUUGUGAAAUAAUCAGUCUACAUCUCGGCAGUAUUUUUUUGUUUGGAAAUAUUAUGUUUUUAAAUUCAUUGCACAUUUCUUGUUUUACGUUGAAUUUAAAGGAAAAAGUCAAACCUGUUUUUAUUUAUGGCGUAAUUUAAGUCGUUUGCAUUUCAAUUUUGUUUGGUUUGAUUUUACAUUAUGUAUUAUGUUUGUGUGGUUUUGUAAUGACAUGAUCAUAGCUAUCAGCUAGAUUUAAAAAGUGUUCAAUGACUUUGCAACUUGACCCUGCAAGAGGUGUGUUUGUGUGGAUGAGGAUGUGUGAAGGACUGGUAUGAAAGGCAACAAAAAAAGGACAAAAAAAUCUCCCUCAAGUGUUAUUCUAUGUCCUGAAAAGCUGUGAGAAAUCUACCAAAUGUCCAUAUAGAUUUGUUUUUAAAUCUUGGUUCGUGACGUGCUCCCUUGCCAUGUUUUACUUUAAAUAUUACACGACUUUUCUUUGCUACAAACACCCACAUGAUUCCCAUGUAUCUAUAGGUUUAAACAGUCGUUACAUGAAGCCAUGCCACAGUGGGUAAUUUCUUGAUGUGUUUUGGCGAGCCGAUCCGCAGUACGGAACGAUGUAUUUGAAGUCUGCUGACACAAAACUGUGUUUUUGACCUGUGACCAUGUUAUUUCGCUGAAUCAGAGAAGAAACUCAUUCAAAAGGGACACUUGUACAUUUUGUAAAGUUGAAAAUUUGAUCCCCAUCAUCAAUCACAUGUAAAAAAAAAAAAAAAAAAAAAAAAAAAAAAGAUAACAUAAUGCACUCUUGUCUGGCCUUUGUUGCAUGUGAAAUAGUUUGAGUUUUGUAUAUUUAUGGUAUUAACAUGAAAUAAAAUUUGAAAGAAA